AUGGCCAUCUCGUGGAAGUCGUUUGACUUCUUCGACGUCUCGCAGGUGGCGCUGCCCGACGACGACACCCGCCAGCUCUUCGAGAGCAACGACGUCUCCAGCAUCUGCGCGGGCUCCGACAGCCUGUUCCUCGGCUCGAGCGAUGGAUACGUCAGCAUUGUGGGCAAGGGAUGGAAGGUCAUCAGGCGCUUCCAGGCGCACGAGGCGCGCAUCACGCACAUGCGGCAGGUUGAGGGGACGAGCCUGCUGGUGACGGUUGCGGAGGAUAUGAGCAGCGAGCCGACCCUCAAGGCUUGGGCGUUGGAUAAGCUGGUGAAGAAGACGAAUAUGCCGACUUGCCUCAGUACCUUGACCAUCAACAACGGAAGGCGGCAGUUUCCGAUAUCAGCCUUUGCUGCGCUCGACGACCUUACCCAGAUCGCUGUGGGCUUUGCCAACGGUGCGGUAACAGUCAUCAGAGGAGACCUUGUACACGACCUAGGAACGAAGCAACGCAUCGUCUACGAGUCGGAGGAGCCGGUGACGGGCGUCCAGUUGACGACCCAGGAUACCUCGACAACCCUCUUCAUCUCGACGACCUCGAGGAUACUGCAGCUCGCAUUGUCCAAGCGGGGGCAGGGCUCACCACCGAAGACGAUCGAGGACUCUGGCUGCGCAGCUGGGUGCAUGACGAUUGAUCCCCGGACAGAGGACGUUGUUGUCGCCAGAGACGAUGCCAUCUACACGUAUAGGCUGGAUGGGCGCGGACCUCCCCGAGCCUACGAGUCUCCCAAACGCCUCGUCGCCAUGCAUGGCGACUACAUUGCUGUCGCGGGUCCGUCGUCCGUCAGUAGCAGCCGGGAUCCCGAGGCUUUGCGGAGGAGAUUUGGCUCCGCGACGGCAGAUGGUCUGUUUAACGCAUGGACCUUUGUCCUCUUGGAGCCGGAUCUCCGGGUGAUUGGCCAUACGGAGACGCUCAUCUCACCGGUCCGAUUCAUCGUUGAAGUAUGGGGGGAUCUAUUCACAGUCACAGAGGAAGGAAAGAUUUAUCGAUACCAUGAGAAACCACUGCAGCAACGUCUGGAGAUGCUUUACCAGCGAAACAUGUACCCCCUUGCCAUUGAGCUGGCUCAGAACUCUGGGAUGGAUGCUGAACAACAGAGUCUCAUCUAUCGCCGGUUCGGAGAUCACCUCUACCAAAAGUCCGAUUACGAUGGAGCAAUGAACCAGUAUAUCAAAGCAAUCGAUGCCACUGAGCCCUCUCAGGUCAUCAGAAAGUUUCUGGACACACAAAGGAUACACAAUCUGAUAUUAUAUCUGGAAAAACUGCAUCACCACGGCAAGGCGACGUCUGACCACACCACACUGCUGCUCAACUGCUACGCCAAACUCAAAGACAUCAAGAAGCUGGAGGAGUUCAUCAUGGCUCCAGGGGACCUAAAGUUUGAUUUAGACACGGCCAUUACCAUGUGCCGACAAGGUGGCUACUACCAGCAAGCGGCGUAUCUCGCGAAAAAGCAUGGCGAGACCGAGCUUGUCGUGGACAUCCUGAUCGAGGACUCGAAGAGCUAUGAUGAGGCGCUGGACUAUAUCUGGCAUCAAGAUCCCGCAAUUAAGUACGCCAGGGUCCUCAUAGAGCAUUGCCCCAAAGACGCUACAAAGCUCUUUGUGGAUUACUACACCAGCAACUAUCGGCCGCGGCGGACGGUGGUGCUGCCGGUUGAAGCCCCUGGGGCGGCUGCAAGCAGUACAGGAUUCACUGCCGGAGCAGCGAGCGCGGUGCAAAACCUGACGAACCUCCUCGUCCUACCCUCAUACAUCAGCCCCACGACCGGAACGCCAGGGGGCGCAAAGCCAAACGAGGCCGUUGUGGUGCCUGACGAAGACGACAUUCCGAUACCCAAAUACACUCCCCCGCCGCCCAGGACAGCAUUUUCGUCUUUCAUCGACCAUCCCGAUGAGUUCAUCACAUUCUUAGAGGCUUGUUUGGAAGAAGAAAAGCUGAGGGCAGUUCACAGCACCGACCUGUACACUACACUAUUUGAGAUGUACCUACACAAGGCGAAUGAGAAAAAGGGCAGCUUACACAAGGAGGAGUGGGAGGCCAAGGCAAAGAAGCUCAUUGAGGGAGAACACGUGCCAAUGGAGAGCUCGAAUGUGUUGCUGCUUUCACAUCUGUCCAAUUUCCAAGACGGCACUGUUUUGGUCAAGGAGCAAGCUGGGCUGCUGUCGGACAUAUUCAGAUCGUAUACAUCGGCAAAGGAUACCCGUGGGGCCUUGAAGGCGCUGCGAAAGUACGGGCCCGAAGAGCCGGAGCUGUAUCCGGCCGCGCUGGCAUACCUCACGUCAGAUCCCCGGGUGUUGGAAGAAGCCGGGCCGGAUGAGUUGGCGGCCAUAUUGGCCAAGAUUGACAAGGACGGGCUCAUGGCGCCGCUGCAGCGCAAGGAGAUUGCCCAGAACCGGCAUCGGAUCACCACUCUUCGCACCGAUACCGAAAAGAGGCGCAGCGACCUAGAGGAUCUGGCUUCGAAACCCGCCGUCUUCCAGGCCACGCGAUGCUCCGACUGCGGACAGGGACUGGAUCUGCCCGCGGUGCACUUCAUGUGCAAGCACAGCUUCCACCAGCGAUGCCUUCGCGGCGGCGGCGAGGAUGCCGAGAUUGAGUGUCCCAAGUGCGCCGGCGAGAACGAGGUGAUUCGCAAGAUGAGGGAGGGCCAGAGGGAGCGGGCAGGACGGCACGACCUGUUCAAGGCGGACCUGGAGAACAGCUCUGAUCGGUUUGCGACGAUUGCCGAGUGGUUUUCGCGAGGGGUGAUGGAUGCGCAGGGCUCGGAGCAGGUUUCUUGAUUCUUUUUUCUUACGGGCGGGGCGCCAGGCGAUGAGGCGGUAUAUUUUACAUUUUG